AUGGCUUCCCAAAUGGAGUGCUUCAACGACUUCUGCCUCUCCUGCGACCGCCAGAUUGCCGAGAACGGCGUCUACUGCUCGCAAUCGUGCCGCCUCGCCGACCUCGAAAGGGCCGGCACCACCGCACAAGCACCCUCGCAACUGUCAUCCUCGGCCUCAUCGUCAUCCUCGUCCAACAGCGGCUUCUACCUCGCCCCCGCAAUCAACUUCUCGGCAUACAAGGCGGCAUCCACGUCGUCGCAAGCAGUCCCCUCGAGCCCCUACCACUACUACCCCACCGCAAACGGCAGCUACUUUGCACCCCCCACGGCAACCAGGCAAUCACCCCAACGCAGCCUGACUCCCUCAUCAUCACGCUCCUCGCUAGCCUCUUCGUCAUCAUCACGGACUCAAUCGGGCAUCUCGCAACAAGCGGCCACGCAGCUCAGCAGCUACGUACGAUCGUUUGACCAGACCCGAGACGUCAAGAGGAGGUACACACAGUACUAA